AUGACAGCUUUGCCUACCUUCCCGACGUUCAACUUAGAAGAACCAGACCUUAGAAAAGCUUGGGGAAAAUACGUAUCAAGAUUGGAGAAUUUGUUGUUGGCAAUGAACAUCACAAACGCCGCAAGAAAGAAGGCGAUGCUCCUGCAUUAUGUCGGUGAAGAAGUUAAUGAGAUAUUCGAAACUUUAGCAAUUGACGAGCCAGAUAGAGAAGAAGAUGUAUUUAGAAAAGCGGAGAAAGCGUUACGAAAUUACUUCACUCCACAGAAGAAUAUAGAAUUCGAAGUUUAUAAGUUUCGUCAAGCGAAACAACUCCCGGGAGAAAAAAUAUCCGCGUACUACACGAGAUUAAAAAAAUUGGCCAAAUCCUGCGAAUUUCAUGAAGAAAGCAGAGAGAUAAAAACUCAGAUCAUACUUAAUGGUUUGUCUUCAAAAUUGCGGAGAAAAGCGUUAGCAGACCCCGAAAUAACGAUAGAGAAAUUAAUACAAAUGUGA